AUGGCGCAGGCAGCCCAGUACCGACAAGACAUCCGCGAUCUCACAGCCUUGACCGUGACCAAGAUGGAUACCUACCACGUGAUCGGCGUGAUCUUCUUCGUGCUGAACUUCCAGUUGAUCAUGGCCGGACGUCUUGGAGUACAUGGGCCAUCCCCCCCUGGAUACAUCCUGGGCAUCUACUGGGUGUGCUCCACCAGUGCCCUCAUGUUCCUGUGUGUGCUCAUCUGGUUCACCUUGCAUGCCUCCGCCCGAGCCACGGCCGGCAUGGCCCACAUGCUCACCCGAAGCGUGCGUCUGCCCAUCCCAACACCAAAGCAGCUGGACAAGGCAAGGCGCACGGGAAACAUGUUUGAGAAGCAGCGUGUCACUGACAUUUUGCGCGUCCCCUUUGUGGUUCCCGCGCCCAAGGAGGCUGAGGAAGGCACCGACCCAGCCAAGAAGAGCGGUUCUGGCAAAACUGGCGCUCAGCGCAGGAUGCCCAAGUGGUACCAAGAUGAGAGCAAGGACCUCCACACUAGCAAGGGAGGCGCUCCGGCUGCUGUGCGGGGUGCAAAUCCCGAGCACUUCGAGUUGUACCGUGGCCUACAGCAGGAGUGGGCCGUGCAUGACUGCUACGCGCGCAUCGGCAUCCUCUACUUCUUCUCACACUGGAUCACUGCUGCAGCAAUCUACACUCAGUGCCACUGCUUUGGAGAGCUCCGAGGAAUUUGGCCGGCCUGGAGUUGCAGCGUCGUCUUCUGCACGGCACAUUGGUGCAUGCUAAAGCUGGACAUCCAGGAG